AUGUGCCGGGUACCGGGAGCGCCGCCGCGGAUCCUGCCGCCUCUGGCGCUGAUGCUGCUGGCGGCCCUGCAGCAGGCACCAAUAAAAGCAGCCUGUGAAGAUAUGUCAUGCAAGACUGGAUUUCCUGAAGAUGUUCACAGUGCAGUAGUGUCAAGGAGUGUACAUGGAGGACAGCCUCUUCUCAAUGUGGGGUUUCGAAGCUGUGAUGGAAAUAAAAAAAUACACUUUGGUAGCAGUGAGCCAGAAGAUUUCAGAGUAGGUGAAGAUGGUGUGGUCUAUGCAGAGCGAAGCUUUCAACUUUCAGCAGAGCCCACAGAGUUUGUUGUGUCUGCUCAAGACAAGGAAACCCAGCAAGAAUGGCAAAUGAGGGUGAAACUGACUCCUGAACCAGCCUUCACAGGGGAUUCGCAAAAGGACCAAAGGAAAAUUGAAGAAAUCAUAUUUCCAUGGCAACAAUACAAGCACAGCAGCCCUCUGAAGAGGCAGAAGAGAGACUGGGUUAUUCCUCCAAUCAACCUACCAGAAAAUUCCAAAGGACCUUUUCCUCAGGAAUUAGUUAGGAUUAGGUCCGAUCGUGAUAAAAGCCUUUCUCUGCGGUACAGUGUGACUGGCCCAGGAGCAGACCAGCCUCCAACAGGCAUCUUCAUCAUCAACCCCAUCUCAGGACAGCUGUCUGUGACAAAGCCUUUAGACCGGGAGCAGAUUGCUUCUUUUCAUCUGAGAGCACACGCAGUGGAUGUAAAUGGAAACCAGGUGGAAAACCCUAUUGACAUUGUUAUUAACGUCAUUGACAUGAAUGACAAUAGACCUGAAUUCUUACACCAGGUUUGGAAUGGGACAGUCCCUGAGGGAUCAAAGCCAGGAACCUAUGUGAUGACUGUUACUGCCAUCGAUGCUGAUGAUCCCAACGCCCAGAAUGGGAUGCUGAGAUACAGAAUCUUGUCUCAGGCCCCGAGCAGCCCCUCUCCAAACAUGUUUACAAUCAACAACGAAACCGGUGACAUUAUCACUGUAGCAGCUGGCCUUGACAGAGAGAAAGUACAACAAUAUACAUUAAUAAUUCAAGCUACGGACAUGGAAGGAAACCCAACAUAUGGUCUUUCAAACACAGCAACUGCUGUCAUCGCUGUGACAGAUGUCAAUGACAAUCCUCCAGAGUUCACUGCCAUGACUUUCUACGGGGAAGUACCAGAAAACAGGGUGGAUGUGAUCGUAGCGAACCUGACGGUGACAGAUAAGGACCAGCCGCACACGCCGGCGUGGAACGCCAUGUACCGAAUGACUGGGGGAGACCCGACGGGCCGCUUCACCAUCCUCACCGACCCCAACAGCAACGAUGGGCUGGUCACUGUCGUCGAGCCUAUUGACUUCGAGACCAACAGGAUGUUUGUACUUACUGUAGCUGCGGAAAAUCAAGUGCCUUUGGCUAAGGGGAUUCAGCAUCCUCCUCAGUCAACAGCAACCGUGUCCAUUACAGUCAUUGAUGUGAAUGAGAGCCCAUAUUUUGUUCCAAACCCCAAGCUCGUGCGUCAGGAAGAAGGUCUGAUGGCUGGAAGCGUGUUGACAACUUUUACUGCUCAGGACCCAGAUCGUUACAUGCAGCAAACAUCUCUAAGGUACUCAAAACUUUCAGAUCCUGCAAACUGGCUGAAAAUUGACCCUGUUAAUGGACAAAUAACUACUACAGCUGUUUUGGAUAGAGAGUCAAUAUACGUGCAAAACAAUAUGUAUAAUGCAACGUUUCUUGCUUCUGAUAAUGGAAUACCCCCGAUGAGUGGAACAGGCACACUUCAGAUAUACCUGCUGGACAUCAACGAUAAUGCCCCCCAAGUGCAUCCAAAAGAAGCCACAACUUGUGAAACACUGCAGCCUAAUGCUAUUAACAUCACUGCUGUAGACCCUGACAUAGAUCCAAAUGCAGGCCCAUUUGCCUUUGAGCUACCUGACACACCUGCUAGUAUUAAGAGGAAUUGGACCAUUGUUCGAAUUAGUGGCGAUCACGCCCAGCUCUCCUUAAGGAUCCGGUUCCUGGAGGCCGGGAUCUAUGACGUGCCCAUAGUAAUUACAGAUUCUGGAAAUCCACAUGCAUCCAGCACUUCCUUGCUGAAGGUGAAAGUUUGCCAGUGUGACUUAAAUGGGGACUGCACUGAUGUAGACCGGAUUGUUGGUGCAGGGCUGGGCACUGGUGCCAUCAUUGCAAUUCUGCUCUGUAUCAUCAUCUUGCUCAUUUUAGUUUUAAUGUUCGUGGUAUGGAUGAAACGCCGUGAUAAAGAGCGUCAGGCAAAGCAGCUCUUGAUUGAUCCUGAGGAUGAUGUGAGGGACAACAUUCUGAAAUACGAUGAAGAAGGGGGUGGAGAAGAAGAUCAGGAUUAUGACUUGAGCCAGCUCCAGCAGCCUGACACUGUGGAACCAGAUGCCAUCAAACCUGUUGGAAUCAGACGUCUUGAUGAAAGGCCAAUCCAUGCAGAACCUCAGUAUCCAGUCAGAUCAGCUGCUCCUCAUCCUGGGGACAUUGGGGACUUCAUUAAUGAGGGACUUAAAGCAGCCGACAAUGACCCUACAGCCCCACCAUACGACUCCCUCUUAGUCUUUGACUAUGAAGGAAGCGGCUCCACUGCUGGAUCCUUGAGCUCCCUUAACUCCUCAAGUAGUGGUGGUGAGCAAGACUAUGACUACCUAAAUGACUGGGGCCCACGUUUCAAGAAACUUGCUGAUAUGUACGGUGGAGGUGAUGACUGA